AUUCACUUGUUUCCAAGCGACGUCUCCGUUGAACCUCUUCUAGCUGCGACCAUCACAUUGUUUUCUUGCUGCGUUCUUGCCAGAGUGGUCUUGUCGUGUGACGGCUUCCCCUCACAGGCCUAGGAUGCAAUGAAACGCAGACGGGUACAUAACCCGGCUCGACCCAGCCACUGCAUACGACCGCUUAUCUAAAGCCCGCAAGAUGGCGUUACUGUGGAUUACCGUGGGCGCAACUCUUCAGCCCAUGUUCAGAGAGAGCCCACACAGGGUCCGCCUCCAAGAGCAAGAUUCGCCCGAGUACACCUCGUUCUUAUCCCCAGGACGACCAAGAUUAACUAAGUGGAGACAACUACAAGGCAAGGACGUAUCCUCGCUGAACCAUGUCGGCUAUACUCGCUCUGCCAUGUGCUGUGGGGUUCGCAGUCAUCGUCGCUUUCAUCUAUCGCAGUCUGCGCUUCCUCUCGUUCCACUUGUGGACCUCGAAACGCCCUCUCAAGCAAUACCAGGACCCAAGUAAGGAGUCCUCCUGGGCUUUCAUUACCGGGUCCUCGGCAGGCAUUGGAUACGGCUUCGCUCAUGCCUUGAUCCUUGCCGGCUUCAAUGUCAUAAUCCACUCGCACCGCCUCGAUGAACUCCAAAGUGCUGCGGAAUCGCUCAAGGCACUACGACCAGGUGCCAAGGUCGAGAUCAUCCACCUCGAUGCCAUGGGCUUUGAUGCAGAAGAACUGGCCAGAUCCAUGCAGAGGCCCUCGAAGCUUCCCAUCUCGAUCCUGGUCAACAACGUCGGCGGGCUGACGCCGCGCUUCCAAGAGAUAGCCGCAUACACAGCGCACGACAUGGACAUGAUGCUCGAUCUCAACGUCCGCUUCACGACACACGUCACCCAGCUGCUGAUGCCCGUGCUGCUGAGCCAGCCGCGGGCCGUGGUCAUCAACCUCAGCUCUGGCGCUCGGCUGGGCUUGCCACUCCUGCCCUUGUACAGCUCUGCCAAGGCAUACGUCGACACGCUCAGCCACUGUAUCGACAGAGAGGCGCGCAUCAUGGGCCACAACAUUCGGAGCAUCAGUAUUGCGCCCGGGGACGUCAUCAGCCAGGCCAAUCAUUUUGGUCCCUUUCCUGCUCUGACCCCGACGGCCCAGGAGUACGCUCGCAACGCUGUUCGGAAGAUGGACGCCGCAAUAUCUCGAGGCAUGCUGAGGAUGCACCCGGACUGGACCCACGAGCUGCAGGAUGGCAUCGCGGCGAUGCUGCCAGAGUCUCUGCUGACGCGUGCCAUGGCAGGCACCGUUCUGUCUAAGCAAGCUCGACACGAGGAAUACCUUGCCAAGUCUCGCUAAGGGGUCUGGCCACUGGUUUGAAACUCUGGGCCAUCGGCAUAGAGUCCGAGUGCUGUGGUUUGCCGGGAAGAAAAGAGGGUGGGAUGCGGGUGUUCUGGUGGGCGGGUGGUACUGGCGAAGUGGAGGGCUCGGUGAUGCCGUGCAACUUUUGGCCCUGGAGCUGUGCCGCAGGUCAUUGCACAAGGGCAGCCUGUCUCUAAGUUCA